AUGAGAGUCUGCCUGACGGACACGGCGUCCUGUGGCUGCUGUGUGAUGCAGAAGCAGAUGUGGAGGAUGGAGCAGUACUUCAACAUGAGCCUAAACGAGCUGCAGCGGGGGCUGGAGAGAGCGCAGGCCGCGCUCAACAACGUCCGCGCCAGUCGUAGCGCCUUCUCCGUGGCCCUGACCGACACCCGCCGCUGCGUGGGCCCCGAGCGCGAGGAGACGACCGUGAUCUACAAGGUCAUCUUCAUCAACCUGGGAGAGGGCUACAACGUGGCCACAGGUGUCUUCACCGCACCCCGCUCGGGCGUCUACAGCCUGGCCCUGUCCGUGUACAGCGACGCCGGCUCCCCCGGUGCCACGCUGGCUGCCUGCGUCAGCCUGCGCAUCAACGGCCGUGAGGUGGCCGCCCCCAGCGAGAGGAACCAGCAGGACCAGGAGGACAACACCGCCACCGUAAUGGCCGUCCAGCUGCGGGCCGGGGACACCGUGUCCGUGCGCCUGCCGCCCGGCUGCUUCCUUUGCGACGACAGCAGCCACUACAACACCUUCACCGGCUUCCUGCUGUACGCCACCGACUGA